GGCGCUACAAAAAUUAUAAGAGAUCAAUUUAUGCCGACAUUUAAGGUGAUUGCAUGGAAUAUUUGAUGGUUUUUUCAAUGAAUAGGGAAAAAUUUAUUCCUAUAACAUUGCAUACAUAUUACAGAUCCAAGGUCAAAUUUAUCACCUAGCGGGUUCAUUGUUACCGCUCCCCGACGCUAACCAUCAAUUUUUACAAAUAUAUUUCAUCGGAGAUUAAAAUCGUGAAUUAAAUCAACGCUGCACAAUUGGUUCUCACACAAAAAGAGAAAUUCUUUGCGAACUACAAGAUUGUUUUCAUCAGCACAAUGAAUUAGUCCAAUUGUUCAAAACUACUAUGGAUCGGUUGCCAUCUGAUAAUCACAGAAUCGUUAUAAGAGCCGAUAAAACUCCAACUGGAGAGCAUUCAAGAAGAUUCCAUGCACCAACCAUUGAUGGGGUGGCCAUUGUGAUUGUUGGCGAUCAGUUUCAAUCUCGAGAUAUUAUUCUUCACCGUAGAAAUGAACAAUUACAACGUGUUUCGGAGCUUCAUCGUUGUUACGAUGCAUUACAAUAUCCUAUAUUGCACUGGAAUGGCCAUGAUGGAUACCAUAUAAAUAUCCCAAUGAUUAAUCCAAGCACAGGUCUUGAUGCUCAAAAGAAGGUCAGCGCCAUGAAUUAUUAUUCAUACAGAUUAAUGAUUCGCGAAGGAAGUUCAAAUUACAUUUUGAGAUGUGGAAACUGUUUCAUCAAUACAUUGUGGACAUGUAUGCAAAAAUUGAGACUGAACGUCUCAAUUACAUCCGGUUCAAUCAAAGUAAAUUGCGAUCAGAAGAAUACAUACAUUUGCGUGAUGCAAUAACAAA